AUGACCGACAACGAUCCCCCUCUUUCUCCGACGGCCGCCAUCGCCCAGCCCCUUCUUCUUCAGGGUCUCCUCGGGCCCCGGCUCGUCCACACUCAAGAUCUUCCCACUUCCAUCCUUCCCCGCUCCAACUCCUGGAAUGAUCCUGCUAUCAUGCAAUCCGACUCCACCUCGGCUAUCGCCGCUUCCCGCUUCCGCUCCACCCUCCAGGAUUCCCAACUUCAUGGCCUCUCUGCCAAAUACACCGCUCCUUCCAACCUCUCGGACUCCUUCUCCGAUCUCCUUGCGAAAUCCAUUCGCAGCGGACCCCACACCCGUGCCUGGUCUCGCACCGAAGCCUACAAUCUCAUGCCCCGCCGUAACAUUGGCGGUUUUCUCCUCAUCGCCAAGUUCCGCCUUGCCGACGGCUCUCUUUCAGCCCCCCUCUUCUGCAUCACGGGACCCCCCGCUGUGGCUCCGCCCACUUCCAUUGGCUCUUCCAACAGCCUCUUCCCGUCGGCUUCCAUGCCGCCUGACACUCAACUGGCCACUCAAGUGCCCUUUCCACCCCACGUUCAGCCCGUGGCCUUCCCGUUUGCCACUGACUCUCGCUCCACCAUCGCUUCCUUAACCACCUCCUCGUCUCCCGACUCCAUCAUUGCGGACCUACCUAUCGGCGUCAUUCCCGACGCCCGCAACAUGUUUGAACUCACGUCACCCCUGACGAUUCUUCUCAGGCAUCCACACCCAACUUAG